CUCUCUUUUGCUGUCCCCUUCGCUCCCCUCCGCUCCGCUCCGCUCCUCCGUCGUCUUCUUCUCCUCCUCCCUCUUUCUGAAGUAAAAACCCUAAACAGGAGGUUGACGCACGGCCGAGUUCCACCUCUUUGGAUCAAAGCCUAGACAUCGAUGCCUCUCCGGUGCUCGCUUCCUUGAGAAAGCUACGUUCGUUCUCCUCUUUUCUGUUCCAAAAACUAGGGUUUCCGAAGCUAUUAGGUAGUGCUCGAACCAAGGAUUUGGAUUCUUGAUAUCUUUUGGUUCGCCGAGUGCUAGUGCGGAAGAGAUAGGCUCUUGGUUGCAAUUCGAUUGCUCGGAAGGGUCCAUCGAGCAAGAUGAGUGAGGCGAAGGACGGAGGCCAUCCGGGUCGAGAAAUGCUGGAGCAUUCCGAGGGCGACCAAAUAGAAGAGGAGGUUGAAGAGGACGAGGACCUCUCGGCUUUGAUUGAAAACCCCUUGGUUGAGGAAAACCCUAGCUUGUCAACCUACGCUUUUCCGGAAGCUUUUCAAAAGCCGGAUUCUGCUGGACAAAGAGAAUCCCGGGAUCAGAAUGAUCCUUCCGAUGCCAGGACUGACAAGGGAAACGAUCUUGUUAAUGCACAAUCUGAAGAUAAAGAAGCAGUCCGUGCAGUGGCAGAUAAAGAAGAUAACUGCUUGCUGUUGAAACAGGAAGUCAAAGGGGAAGGAGAUGAAAACGCUGCUAAUGCAGAGGGUUCGAACCAGUCUGUAGCUUUUGAUCCAUUCUUGGAGGGUGAGGGUUCUGGGUCGGAGGAAGAACAAGCAGAGUUUAUGAAGGAGUUGGAGAAGUUCCACAUUGAGCAUAAUCUAGAAUUUAAGCCACCAAAGUUCUACGGUGAAGGGUUGAAUUGCCUCAAGUUGUGGAGGCAAGUAACUAGAUUGGGUGGCUAUGAUCAGGUAACAUCGUGCAAGCUUUGGCGCCAGGUUGGAGAAGCAUUCAGGCCCCCAAAGACAUGCACUACAGUAUCUUGGACAUUUCGAAUAUUUUAUGAGAAGGCACUCUUUGAAUAUGAAAAACAUAAGAUUCGGACAGGGCAGCUGCAAGUACCAGUCUCCUCCGUUCCAGAGCCAAUGGUUGUUGAUCAUCAGGUUGGUGGCAAUCAAUCAUCAGGCUCAGGUAGAGCCAGAAGGGAUGCUGCAGCACGUGCUAUGCAGGGUUGGCACUCUCAGCGCUUACUCAGUAAUGGUGAGGUUGGAGAGCCAAUUAUAAAGGAUAAAAGCUCACUGCCUCUUCCAAAGCGUGAUAGAUCUGGCAAGAAGAUUGGUGCACACAAGAAGAAAAAGGCAACUAGCGCCGAGCGGACAGCCAAGGUCAACCAUACCAACGUCAUUAGGUCACAAUCGGAUUCAAUGGUUGUUGAUGUUGGAGCUGCUGCUGACUGGGUGAAGAUUAAUGUGCGGAAGACAAAUGAUUGUUAUGAAAUCUAUGCUUUAAUUCCUGGGCUUUUGCGAGAAGAGGUGCAUGUCCAGUCAGAUCCUGCUGGUCGGUUGGUUAUAUCCGGCAAUCCUGAACAGCCUGAUAAUCCGUGGGGGGUCACCGCUUUCAAGAAGGUGAUAACCUUACCUUCAAGGAUCGACCCACAUCAGACUUCAGCUGUUGUAACACUACAUGGCCAGCUAUUUGUACGUGCACCAUUUGAGCGCUCAGACACAUAGCUGUGCACUCACUCAUUCUCAGAUUACUCUGACCGUAGUUACAUAAAUUUCAAAAUAUGACUUAAAGCUCUGUUAAUGAUCCACCGCGACCACCUGGCCUUUAGUAAUUUCGUGUAACUGGAGUAGGGAUACCGUGUGGAGUAGAUGGCAGAACCCAAAAUAAGAAAGCAAAAUGGAGCUUUCGGUGACUUGACUUACUGGCCGAGCUCAUGCUUGAUAUGUUAAUUGCUAUAGCAGUUAGAAGCGAUAGCUGGGAUGAGACUUGUUUAUGGUCAAAGGUUUCAAAGCAGAGAGGCCAUUAUAUAAUCCUUUCUCAGUUAUCUGCUUGUUCUAAUAUCUGUAUAUUUGUUGUCUUUUCACUCUAUCAGUGACUAGAAGAAUGAGGGUAGCUUGUGAUAUAUCCUAGUGUGAGUGACUGGUUUCUGAAACUUGGGGAACGUCCUUUCAAGUUACUAGUGACUGUAUAAAUAAGUGGCUUGCCUAAAGCACAAAACACCAUGCAAAAUGCUGUAUCUGCCGGAUUGGAUGUAAUGGUUAGAGUGCAUAAUUCUCUGAUGUUA